AUGACCACCUCCCUUUCCAAGAUUGUUCAAGGCACUAAUGAAUCAUAUGUCCAGUUUGUUGCUAGAUUAGAAGCAGCAGAAAAAAUAUUGGGUAGUGAGGAUAUGGACAAUGUAUUUGUUAAGCAAUUGGCCCUAGAAAAUGCCAAUACGGCCUGUAAAGCUGUAUUAAGGGGAAAAGCCAAAACCUUGGAUCUUAAUGGUAUGAUUAAACUUUGUAAUGAUGUGGAUUCUUUUGAACAUAAAAUUUCCAAAUCCAUUAGCCUGGCCAUUGGGGCCAGGUUUCAAGCUCAGACCCAACCUCCUGGAAAAGAGGUGCCCCGCUGGUCGCCUCACAGGCUAACAUCUCCAGAAGGCCUCCUCCUGGACUAUGUCCUAAAUGCAAAAGAGGCCGUCAUUGGGCUAGAGAUUGCAGAUCCAAGACCGAUGUUAAUGGCCAACCCCUGUCUGCGGUCUCGGGAAACGGGCUACGGGCCCCGACACGGGGCCCUGAUUAUAACUCCAGAGGAGGGAAGGGUCAUCACAGAAUCAGGAGAAUUUGGGCCUCCCCCACCAGGGAUGUUUUUUCUUAUCAUAGGCCGAGCUUCAAGCUCUUUACAGGGGCUUACAGUCCUCCCUUCAAUAGUUGACGCCGACUAUUCAGGCCCAUUGAAAUUCUUGGUCCAAGCCUCCCAAGGUCCACUAACCAUUCCUGCAGGUCAACGUAUUGCACAAGCCCUCCCUUUGCCUAUGAUAGGACAAUUCCCAUAUAAACAUUCCCAACGCGGUACUUCUGCUCCAGGGUCAUCAGACAUAUUUUGGGUACACCAACCGACAGAGUCUCGACCUACCCUAAAACUUUCCCUAGAAGGAAAACCAUUCCUUGGUCUUUUAGAUACGGGAGCUGACGCCACCGUCAUCGCCCGAAAACAUUGGCCUGAUUCCUGGCCUUUAGAACCUACUACUACACAUUUAAAAGGCAUUGGACAAAUUCAAGACACGCUUCAAAGCUCAAAAAUUCUAAAUUGGGCUGAUUUGGAAGGAAAUACUGGGACUAUCAAGCCUUUUGUGGUAGAAGGGCUGCCUGUCGACUUGUGGGGAAGAGACAUAAUGACACAAAUGGGAGUCAUCAUGUUCAGUCCCAAUGAAACAGUGACUAAUAUAAUGCUAAAGUCAGGAUUCCUUCCCGGCAAAGGGCUAGGAAAACAUGAACAAGGAAUAAACCAACCGAUUUUGCCUACCCCUAAACGGGAUAAAAAGGGACUCGGGGCCGACCUUUUUUUCCUAAGGACCACUGCUCCCCCUGCACUCCGAGCUGAUAAAAUAACCUGGAAAGCUGAUGACCCGGUUUGGAUAGAUCAGUGGUCCAUGCCUCAAAAGAAGGUUCAGGCAGCCUUGCAGUUAGUGCAGGAACAAUUAGAACAAGGACACCUUGAGCCUUCCACCUCACCCUGGAAUACUCCCAUAUUUGUUAUAAAAAAGAAAAAUGGGGACUGGAGACUGUUACAAGAUUUAAGGGAAGUUAACAAAACUAUGGUGCCAAUGGGAGCCUUACAACCUGGGUUGCCCUCUCCUGUAGCCAUCCCUAAGGAAUAUUUUAAGAUAGUAAUAGAUAUAAAAAAUUGCUUUUUUUCCAUCCCCCUUCAUCUAGUAGAUUGUAAAAGAUUUGCCUUUUCUAUCCCCAUAGUAAAUCAUAAAGGCCCCAAUCCUCGCUUUCAAUGGCGAGUAUUGCCACAGGGUAUGGCCAAUUCACCCACUUUAUGCCAAAAAUUCGUAGCUCAAUCCAUAGAUCCCAUACGUGUUCAGUACCCCAAUGCAUAUAUUAUUCAUUACAUGGAUGAUUUGCUAAUAGCCAAAAAAAUACAGACCUGUUACCCCUUUUUAUUCCUAGGUUUUCAGCUAGAACCCGCCUUGAUUUAUGCUCAAAAGAUUCAAAUCAGGAAGGAUAAAUUAACUUGUUUAAAUGAUUUUCAAAAACUGUUAGGAGAUAUUAAUUGGUUGCAUCCCUAUCUCAAAUUGACAACAGGGGAUUUAAAACCUCUGUUUAGUAUUUUACAAGGAGAUUCAGAUCCUACCUCUCCUCGAAAACUUACACCAGAGGCUGAAAAGGCCUUAAUAAGGAUAAAAGAAGCCAUUUUACAACAAAAAAUAGGUGAUUUUGAUCCCUCCUUAACCCUCUAUUUGAUUAUAUUUGCUACUUAUUUUGUGCCCACUGGCCUGUUGUGGCAACAAACAAUGCCCCUGUUGUGGGUACAUGCUUCUGCCUCUCCACCCAAAGUGCCCCCCUCCUAUCCCCUUUUGGUUUCCCAACUUAUUUUUUCAGGACUCAAAACCUCUGUUCGGUACUUUGGCAGAGACCCUGAUAUUAUUAUUACUCCCUAUUCCAAGGAACAAAUUAAUUGGCUACAACAGAGACAAAGUGAAUGGACUAUUUUGUGCACUGGGUUUCAAGGAAAAUUUGAUAAUCACAUGCCUAAUGAUAAACUUAUCCAAUUUUUGAAUGUUACCCCCUUUAUAUUUUUAAAAAAAUACUUUGUUAAAGCCCAUUCCGGAUGCCCUUACUGUUUUUAUUGA